UAUAUUGGAGUCCAAAUGACGACCCUGCAAGAAAGGUCAAUGUUGUUAUCCUCGCGUUGCAGAAGGAAGAAGUAAGGCUGCGAAAGAAUGUGGUCACACUAUGGAUAUUCUGUGCAGGGGACUUCCCUAUUCAGUCAGCUCACCACAAUGUUAUUCUAGUUCCAUCAUGCCAGCAACCAACCCAUAUUAAAUUGCUGUGACAAUGUGAUUCUAAACUAGACUUGUGAGCAGGGAUGAUCUCAGAACCCAAUUGUCAACAGCUUCCUGGAACCUUCUGGCCUCCUUCCUCUGAUUGGCUCUCACAACACAGAGUUCUGAGAGGUUUACUUCAGAAUAAAAGAAGGCUUGACUCAAUACUCCACUCCUCGCCAGUAAGAGAAAGCUACAGUGAGCCUUCUUUCUGGGCUCCUACACAAGAAACUAUGGAUGAAAUAGAGGAGGUAGACAAUGAAACAAUCAACACCCAGAUGAGUUCAGAGAAAACAACCAACAUCCGGGUGAGUUCGGAGGAAACAACCAACACCCGGGUGAGAUCGGAGGGAACAACCAACACCCGGGUGAGUUCAGAGGAAACAGCCAACAUCCGGGUGUGUUCAGAGGAAACAGCCAACAUCCGGGUGAGAUCGGAGGGAACAACCAACACCCGGGUGAGAUCGGAGGAAACAACCAAAACCCGGGUGAGUUCGGAGGAUACAACCAAUACCCGAGUGAGUUCAGAGGGAACAACCAACACCUGUGUGAGUUCGGAGGGAACAACCAACACCCAGGUGAGUUUGGAGGAAACACCCAAGACACAGGAGUCGUCAAAGUUGCUUAUUUGGGUCUCAGUUGCUUCCUGCCUCCUAUCACAGUGUGAUGGUUACAACAUGUGGCUACUCUACUCUCCAACUGUGUUCCUGCAUGACUUGUAUAACACAACUAUGUUGGAAGAGCUUGGAAAUAGAGUAGAUUCUAAGCUGGUCCUGGCCACUAUCCCUGUGGCUUUAUUUCCAUUCGGAGCUAUCUGUGGGUCCUUUCCCGUUGCUUGGCUGAUGGAUAGAUUUGGCAGGAAAGGUGCUUUGAUGAUAGCUGACAUUUUGUACAUUAUUUGUUCUGUACUAUUGGGUAUCUCACACUUGAUAAGAACCUAUGGAUACAGCCUCUUUAUCAAUUUCUGCUUUGGAUUAUGUUCAGGAAUAACCUUCUGUGUUGUCUCCAUAUAUCUUGGGGAAAUCUCCCCUAUACACCUGAGGGGACGCAUAAUGAUGAUGCACAGUCUGUUUUCUUCUUUUGGUGUUCUGUUGGCUCAGAUACUUUCUCUCCCAGAAAUUAUUGGGACCCGAAAAGGUUUACCAAUUCUGACAAGCAUUUCUGUGGUCAUGCCAUUGCUUCAGGUCUUUCUACUGCCCUUACUUCCUGAAAGUCCUAGGUAUCUCUUCAUUCAGAAGGAGGAUGAAAACAAUGCAAUAAAAGUACUGAAGAAGCUGCGAGACACUAGCGACGUGGAAGAUGAGAUAGAAGAGCUCCAGCUGGAGGACAUAAUUGAGAAAGACGAAAAGAACAUGGAUUCACUUAAGCUAAUGAUGACCCCAAGCCUAAAAUGGCAUGUCAUCCGCAUCUUCGUCUUGAUGGGUGGAGAGCAGCUUGAUGGCCUCAAUGCAGCAUACUAUUAUAAAGAGAGAAUCAUCUCGCCUACAAAGUCAGAUAUUGCGGAAAUACAUCUACUUUUGAUAAUCGGAAGCACUGUUUAUUCCUGUGCAAUUGCAUUAUCGAUGUAUCUGGCUGAUUCUAAGGGGCACAAGUUUCUGCUUCUCGUUGGCUCUGGGAUCUGCAUCGUGACCUGUAUCAUGUUAACCAUGUCACUGGAUUUAAUGAAAUAUAUCCCACAUAUGGUGCUUGUAAGAAAAGUUUUGGAAAACAUAUUCAUCUUUGGACAUGGUAUAGGGUCAGGUUCUAUUUCAUCUGUAAUUGUGGUAGAGCUGUUCCUUCAGUCAUCCCGGGCCUCAGCAUUUGCGAUUGCAGGAUUUGUGCAUUGGCUCAGUAGGUUUCUUAUAGAAUUCAUAUUCUUUUACAUUGAGGCAAGUAUGGGAGCCUAUAUCUUCCUUCUCUUCUGGCCUGUCUCUGUAGCUACCUUUUUCGUUAUCUUCAGGAUUAUACCAGAAACAAAAAUGAAGGCCUUUGUACAGAUCAGGAGAUCCAUGCUGAUCCCGAAGCCCAGGAAGAAACAAACCAAGAAGAGGAACAUCAAGUAAAAACUCAGGAAGCAUCCUAUGCAGUUUAUUUCGUUGUUUGUGUAUAUAUUAAAUAGCUUUUUUAAAUAAAUGAAAUUAUUCAAAGAGC